AUGAUAAUAACGACAGUAGUUUUCAGUAAUGUUGUGUUGUUUUUAUGCCAUCAACCGAUCGAUGGAAGACAUUUUCUUGGCGGUUCAAUGACAUGGAAGCGUGGAUAUUCGUGGCCCUGGUCACAUGGGAUCGAAAUUAACUUGAUACAGCGAUAUAUGUGGGAACGAUAUGAGGGCGACUAUUGUAAUGAUCAUUGGAACUGGUUUAAGUCCAGGACUAAGAUCGGAAAGUACGGCAAAGUUAAAUGCUUAUCGAAGAAAUGCGGGUCUUAUAUUCAUCAUAUACGGGUACAUGAUGUAUGCGUUGCUGAUAGUAAAGACGACAAAUGGAGUGCUAUUGAGCAAUGGUCGUCUAUUUAUAUCCCAGAAGAUACAGAAUUUGAACUAGGUUACAGCGGCGUCUAUUGGAGUGAAGAAUUGAACGAAGAUGAGAAGUACGAACUGUCGAUCUCAACUUUUUUUUCAGCUAAACGUGGGUCAGAUGGCGAGUUAAAUACUCCACCACAAGCAGCAAUGCCAUACAUCCAACACAUACACUUAAAUACUACUCAAACAUGGAAAAUUCCUGUGCACGAUCCUAACGGAGAUAUUGUACGAUGCCGAUGGGCUAAUAAAAACAACGUUGACGAAUGCGGAGAUAUUUGUGGCCCACCACGCAAUGCGAAGCUGAAUGGAAGUGAUUGCACCCUAACUUAUUAUGCAAAAAGAAAAAAUCCCGUAGUCAUCGCAUUAAUAAUUGAAGAUUUCUUACAAACAUCACUGGAAAAGCGUCUCUCUGCUACUUCCUUACAGUUCCUAAUUCAAGUUCAUCAGCCAACAAGUACCACAUGCUAUGACCCUCCUCGAUAUUUGAACUCAUCAAGAAACGAGUCGAUAGUAAACGGUUCUGUGUGCAGUAAACUCACCGAGCAAGUGUUUUUUAAUCCUGGUUGCGGCGAUGCUACGAUAGACAACGUUCAAACUCGUGGUCCAUCAGGCAUGACUGUCAGCACACCGGAACAGUAUCAAAAUCUCUUCAUAGUCAAUAUCGAAUGGACGCCGACAUCGGAUGACGAAGGGACUCAUUUCGUGUGUCUUCGACCUAUCGAUAAUUAUAAGCGAUAUGGUGAUCAAAAAUGUCUCGAAUAUUCAAUCAUUAACAAUAACACAAGUAAAAAUUCGGAUAAUUUCUACAAUAAUUAUGCACCUAAAAACAUGACACCGGUUGGCUUGGUGAACUCAAGUCAAAGUCAAUGGACGUUUCGGUGUGGUGGUGAGUCUAUGAAAUGGUCGAAUCGGUCGAACACUUAUAUACGAUUUUACGCGAAAUCAUCGAAUGAAGAGGUCUAUACGAUCAAUGUUCAAACAAAUCAUACGGCAUUGCGUGUAUCAGAAGGAUCAUUCACUUUUGAUACUAAAAUCAAUUGGACUGAAGGCGAAGAGUACUACAUUCAAUUGGACAGAGGUGUCCUGACAGAUGGGACAAAGUGCAGUCGAUUAAGUCCUGCUAUGCACGAUUCAUCCUUCUGGACAUUUGAAAUAUUUUCCAAAAACAAUAAAACGAAACCACCUUCGCUUUUUUUCGUACCUGUCUGCGAGUAUGGCUCUGCAUGUGACGUGUUCAACAAAUAUUGCUCUCGAUCAAAUCCGUGCCUAAAUAAUGGCACUUGUCAUAAUCGAAACACACUUCUCUAUCGAUACAAUUGUGAAUGUCCUCUAAACUUCAGUGGGGUUCAUUGUGAAAUCGAUGAUCGUCCAUGUCAUCCAAAUCCUUGUUGGAAUACUGGCAAAUGUAAUCCCACAUCAAAUAGCACAUUUAACUGCUCUUGCGAAUCGCCAUGGGAAGGUCGUCUGUGCGAGAAGAGAAUCAACGAGUGUGAAGGAAUCACUUGUCAGAAUCGAGGAGUUUGUCAAACUUUAUCGAACAAUUGGACUUGCUGUUGUCUUGCCGGCAGUUAUGGGCGUUACUGCGAAUUUUCAACGACAAGGAUUAUUAUUUACAAGAUUGUUUCGAAAACAUUUGCUUAUGUAGCUAUCAUUGCUAUGGCUGUUGUAGCUAUUUUUGUCGUCGUUAUGGAUGUGUUGAAAUAUGGAUUUGGUAUUGAUCCGGUACAAGGUGAGCGUGAAAGACUCCGACGAGAACGACGAGCUAAAGCACGUCAUUACGUCGUACGACGAUAUAAAUAUGUUAAUCGAAAGGACGAAGCACAUGUUUCUUCAGCUUCUUUUUCAGUCGCGGUGGAAACUAAAGUCUAG